GGCGCAGCCAGCCAGCCAGCGCAGCGCACCGGUUAGCUCAUGUCUCUUGUAUUGAACUAAAUCAUUUAUUGAUCCAAGCAGACUCAGGUUAUCAGUUCUGCCCUAAAAUAUUACACAGUUGUGUUAUGAUAGUUUGUGUUUAAAAAAAAAUAAUUAUCUGGAUUAACAAGGACUCUUUUUACAGAAUGCUUGAUGCCGGGCAGUCACCUCAGGGUUAAGCCGACGCCGGCGGAUUCUCCUGCAUCGGCUUCUGAUGAAGGUUCUCACCUGGAGCUGCAUCUCCAACAGCAGCUUCAAGAAGACAUUGCCAGAAUUUUUGAUGAAUCCAUAAAUUCUGAUAUUGAAGUGGUAUGUGGUAAACUAAAAAUUCUAACCCAUUCAUGCAUACUCAAAACUCGGACGAAUAACUUUUAUAGUAGACUUGAGCCUUUAUUGCAUUUGAACAUUGAGCGCAGUAUUUUUGAGGAAAUUUAUUCAUUCAUAAGUGAUGUUUAUACUGAGUGUAACAUAAAACAGGAAGAAAAUAAAAUCAUCGCAUACUUAAACAAGAAUUUGAAUAAAACGAAACCAAUUUGUAAUGCAGAUUUAAAACCAAAAGAAGAAAUAGAAGACCACGACGUAUUUCUCACUCCUAAAUGUGUUAGUCCUUAUGCAGACAAACCUCUGAAAUCUCUUACUUCUAGUCCAAGUACAGAAUUAAAUAAAGAAUAUUACUCUAUAGUUCCAAUUGAAUGUGACUGUAAUAUUUUAGAUAAAGAACUCAGAGAACAAGAUUUACUGUUUAAUGCUUUUCACUCUAUUAUAAAAUCUCAAGCACCUGAUCUUUAUAAAAGUUCAAAAUCUGCUAAACCUACGACAUUGUAUUUAAACAUCGAUAAAAACAAAUUAUUAAAAAAUUCCAUUAGUUGUAAUAAUUUGAAUUAUUGUCUAAGUAAUAUAUCACAACAGGAGGAUACAGAUAAAUGUAGUGUAAUUCCAAAAAAAAAUCUCGAAUAUAAAGAAUUUGAUGAAACUGUAAAUAGAAAUACCAAGGAUUUUAGGAAUAUUGAAAGCGUAUCUGAUAAGGUUCUAGAUUCUGCAUUCACACCAGAUAGCUUAAUAGCAGAUGAUCCCAGUUCGUCUUCAGAUUAUUUAUCAGCCGCUAACGCCUGUUCUCCAGGACUGAGUUCUUCUGGGUAUGCUUUUCAAUUAAAUGCUGGCGAUAGUAUCACAAAAAUGGAAAAUAUAUUCACAUCUUCAGAUUCGGGUUUGGAAAAUACUGGUUUAUUAGAAAGUAUAACAAGUCACAAAGAUAUCACAGCUGAUCUAUCUCUCAAUGAAAGCACACUUCAAGAUUUGACCACUGAUGAUGCAAGUAACUCACACGAUUCAAUGUCGACAGGCAGUCCUCCAGGAAAUAUCAAAAUUUCAUGCGGUGUCAUACCUGUACCUACAGCUAUAGAUACAGCAGAAAGCAAUUUUGUCUUUCAAAAUUCAAGACCUGUUCAUAGAAACAAAGAGAGUAAGUCAUCAAAAGAAGAAAAGCAACGCCAAAAUGAGGAGAUAGUUAUAAUGGAAUCGUCUUCAGUAUCUUCGGAGACUGGAUCAUGGGAAUCAGUGUUUCCUCCAAAACUCGAUGAAAAAGAUUCUUGCGAAAAAUUUUUAAAUAUGGAACGAGAGUUUAUAAACCAGGAUAUAACGAUUGAGCCUAAUGAUAACAAGAACAUGGAUCAUUUUUCUGGUCCUAGUAAUCCAAACGAUUUUAAUGAAUCAUUCGGUUCAAGUUUAGUACAUAAGUCUCCGUUUAAGAAUACAUCAUGUUUUAUCGAUGCUACUUUGUUAAUUGACGAUGAAGACACUACCAUUAAUAUCCAUGUAAAUAAAAAUUCUGAAAUGGGUGUAACUGUACCAAGUCAAUCUAUACCCAUCAGCUCUGACAAAGUUGAUUUAAGUCCUAAUGAUUGGUCCGAGAGUAAUGACAAUGACGAUUCCCUAGAACAAACAGAGAGCAAGGAAAAAAAUCUCAAAGAAUCAUCACCAACAGUAUUUGAAAUGAAUCUAGUUCCAGAAGAUUCGUUUGGUCAAGCACAUAGAAGAACUGCAAAUGAUAAGUUGACAGAAAAUGUAUCACAUAAUAGCUUUUAUCCUUUGCCUGAUACGCCGCAUAAUUCUCUAAGGGUAUUAACAUCGAAGUCUGAUGACUGUAGAGAAAAUAGCGUUGGGUCUAACAUACCCGAUACUUUAAAAAAUGAGUAUAUCAACACGAAAUUAAUGAAAAAUUCCCAUGAGUUAUCUCCUAUUGUCUCAGGUGGAGCAUCUAUUAAGGAUCAUUUGCCACAAGUUAAUACUGCUAGUCCAUUGGCGAGAAGAAAACUAGAAAACGUCCCCAUUGUUUCAGGGGCUUAUACACCAAAUUUAGAUCGUAGCCAAAGCGAAUCUCCGAAGCCUAACAACUCUUCAGCUUGGGUUAUUGAUGUUUCAAACAAUAAAUCUUCUGUAACCAUAAAUCAAAAGGAAGCGCCCAGCAAAAAAAAUACUUCUGGUAUUGACUGUAGUAGAAGCCGAACCUCAGUCGAUUCCGACGGAAGUGAAAAGUCUUCUCAGAAGUUUUUUAUUGAUUUUACCAAUUUAUCCUCUUCUUCUCCGGUCGUUAAACAAAACACGGAAAAUCCUUCGGAAAAGAAAUACAUUUUUUCAAUGUUUAUAGAUUUAGGCGAUAAAGCGCAAGUUAAAGAAAUGCCUACUCUACAAAGUUCAUCUGUAAAUACAAAAAGAAGUGCUACAAAUGACACAAAAAACUUAAAUAGUAAUUAUCCCAAGGGUAAUAGUGAUAUGACUGAAACGAAAAUUUCUAUUAGUCAAAAAAUUAACCCUACUGAUUCGCACGAUUUUGAAAAGUACGAAUGUUUGUGUGAUGAUCCCAGUAUGAGUAUAAAUGAAAUUAUAUCUUUACCAAAAAAGGUUCUCGUGAAUCUACCUAAAAAGACGGCACACGCAGUAGAUAAAUCUGAUAUUACCAACAGUAGCCAAUCCGCUGACGAUGUGAAAUCUGAACACAAUGAAGGUAAUUGGAUGAGCAAUGAAAAACCCACUUGUUCUCAAACUAGUUUUUCUAAAGACGCUGUUGCAUCUACUGACUGUUCAACGGCUCAAGAUGUUUCGAAUAAUAUUAAAGAACAUAAUCUUGAAGAACCUAAUAACUGGAACGAAGCUAGUACUUCUGGUUUGACUUAUGAUAAAUCCGGUCGCUACUCAACGGCCUCUACUAUUCGAGAAGAAUCAAUAACAGACUUCGAUUCUACAAAUGAAAUGGAUUCGGGAGAUGUUGAUUUCUGUUUUCAAAACAAUGAAUCAGAUCCGGAGCCAUUUGUCAAAUUGUCUGACUUAGAUAAACCUCUGACUAAACCUUAUUCUGAUAAAACGAAUAAGAGCAAGGCGGUAGAUAUGAGAAUGACCCGAUCUAUCCCAGAGAAUAAUUGGGCGGGGCAAAACCACAACGCUGCUCCUAUAUCUCUGGAUGUCAUUAGUUCUUUCCAUUCAGAAAAUGCCCUCAGCUUGAAUAGAUUGUUUCCUCAUUUGCAAAAUGAGAUCAGUAGGAGUAUGCCCGGCUCUUUGUCUAGUAGAACGCGAUCUCCCAUGCGGGCGCCGACAGUCUCGAGUGCGGGCGAUGGAGAGGAGCAAGUCUCUGACGUUUCAGAGCUCAGUAGUAUGCAAAGCAGUGUUUGCCGAUCUGUUGUGGGAAACAGCACACCUGAAGAUACAGGCCAAACAUCCAGCAUUAUAAAUCAAUGCCAGUCUCGUCUCGGGCAAGAUUUGCUGCGAAUGUUUUUGGAAGAAAUAGCCCCAGACGUUAUUGUCGAAGUAUCGGGAAGACGUAUAAAAGCUCAUAAAUGUAUCUUAUCUUCAAGAUGUCAAUAUUUCGCUGGAAUAUUGAGCGGUGGUUGGGUGGAAAGUGCAGGCAACGUCAUACCACUGCCUCCGUUUGCAUAUAACGUAGUACAUUUUGCAAUGUGUCACAUUUACUCGGGCACAUCUUCAAUACCCGAGUCGGUCAGCAUCGUUGAACUGGCAACCCUGGCCGACAUGCUGGGCUUGGAGGGACUGAAGGAGGCUAUAAUGUUCGCCUUGAAGUCGAAAUAUUGCCAUCAUUUUCACAGGCCAUGUCACGUUUGUGUCGCGGGGGUGUUGGAGUGCUUCCCCCUAUCGUCACUAUGUGGGCUGGACGACUUGUACCACAAGUGUCUGCGGUGGAUCACCAAGUACUUCCCGAAGGUGUGGCCGACGCGGGCCUUCGCCGCAUUGCCCGCCGAUCUGCUCGAGCGCUGCUUCCAACAGCACGUGAUCAACAUGACCGUCGAAAAUGUUGCUGAUACCGUGUUCGGCUGUGGACUUGCAAUGAUGACGCUCCAGAUGAACAUCCGUGGAGUGGACAACGUGGACGCGCUGGUGCGGCGGCUGAUCACGGCGGCGGCACAGUUCGCAGCGCCGCGGCUGGAGCCCGUUCUGCGCGCCAUGGAGCCCCUCCUCCUCGACGUCCCCACCUCCGUCCUCCGCGCCCUCGACGAGUUUGUCGAGGCCACCAUACAUCGCGCUCCCAUUGAAGCACUCUGCCGCGCUUACGCCUACCUCGAAUCCGUUGUCAGGGAAAUACAAAUACAACAUCAUUCUAAACCCGAUCUCAUCUCCAACGGCUACCAAAACGAGACAUUCCCCGGAGAAGAGACUUAUGUACACGCUCGAGCCAAUUCAUGGAAAAUCAGAUGUCAGUAUUGCCUAUUGGACGACGCGUUGCGCCUCGUCAACACACAAGCUUUCCGCGAUUUACCGAUGGAACUUCAACAAAAGUUACGCAAAUUGGGAUGCGUCACUGCACCGAUGAUGCAGGCUCGCAGAUGUCCUUUGCGCAGCAGUCGGCCGGCCGCGCCCGCGCUCAACGCCAACCAGGCUGAUAUCGAGCGCAUGCGUGCUUCCUUCGUCCCUUACGCGCCGAGGCCUACAUCGUUCGACGUACAGGGACCGCUUCGCAACCACCAUGAUCAUCGCGACCCUCGCAAUAAAACAAACAAAAUUCCAAAGGUAAAAACGACUAAAGCGCAAGAGGAACGAGCUAGAUUCAAUAUGGCUAAAAACGCUAAAAGUCAAAGCCAGAUGAGCUCAACUAAAUCGAUACGGAUGUUCGAAAACGCUAAACCUAGAUAUUUGGAGCCAAAAGUAGCAAAGCAACCGGUGAAAAAGAUGGCGGCUCAGGGGAAACUGAUGCCGAAAAUGAUGUCGUCGAGUGAGUCGUCGAGGAACUCGAGUCCAAUACAGGCGCGGGGCGCGCGGGGCGCGCGCGCCAGGUCGCGUCCGCUGGACGGCAGAGCGCAUGCGCAGGCGAUGUCGCAGGACAGCCUGGCUACCAGCUCGCGCCCGCGUACCGCCGAGCCCUCCACCGACUCCCUCAGCGAGUCUCAGAACAGCAAUAAGUACGCGACAUUCACUAAAGCCAAACACUCUAAAGGAAACAUUGAAUCGUCUCUCCAGCAAUCAUCGUCUGUUUCGUCCCGGAGCCAGCAGUCUAUCUACAAUAAGACUAGAACUGCUACUAAAAUCCCAGUGUCGUUGACUAUGAGCAAAUCAAAAGCAAUGCAUAACAGUUCCAAUAGCGACACUUCGAAAAGGUCCAACUCGGGCGCAGGCGCAACAUCGGCCAGUCAGUCUUCGCGCAGCAAGGUGGAGCGCAAAGUGCCCGGUUCUCUUAUGAAUGCCACCAAGUCGAGCUCUGCCAAAGUAGUUCAAAAACCCGCUACAAAAGAGAAAUCUUCAAAGUCUACAAACAAACAGAGUAAACCGGAGCAAACCUCAACCAGUCGCCAAACCAACGAUACAACGUCAGAUGUACCGGCCAUGGGCCGUUCUGGGACCUUUUUGAAAGAUGAACCUACAUUUGGACACAAUUUAGAUAUAGAUAACUAAAAAUGGCUUCCUGUCUACCCUUUUUCAUCUCUAUAAUCUUUUUUAUGCUUCUACCAUUACUAUUAUUUGGAAGGGGACAUACUAGAGGUUCUUCAUCUUUAGAUACGACAGAAAUUUAUUUUUUAAAAGUUAUAAACAUUUCGAGAUGCACUAAAAUUAGUAAACAUUUACGAUUUCAGUUUCUUCUUGGUUGGUCUGAUACUAAUCAUAAUAAGGAAUCAUAUAUAAAAUGAUAACAAAGAAAAAAAUAUUAGUGACGAUUGGGAUCAGAUGUUCAAGUGGUCAUUAGAAUACUGAAAUUAAUAAAAUGUUACACCGCAAUAUUUUCAUGACAAGUGCAUAACACUCAAUCCGCAUGUCUUAAAUAAUAAAUAUUUUAAAACAAAACCGUUAAAAUUAUAUUAAAGUCAACACUGAAAUUUGUGCUAGAAGCCGAAUCUCAUUGGAAUCAGAAAUGAUCCACAAUAUACUAAUGAUAUGACUGGAACAAAAACUAUAACUGGUUUGAAAAUGAACACCAUUAAUAUACGUAUGAUAUUGAUAAUUAUAUAUGAAUGUUGAUGAUGUCAAUGUGAGGACAGCAGAAAGUCAGAAAUAAUAAUGAAUCUAUCCAAAAGCAUGGCGAAUUCAGUGGAGUGGCUAAAAAUGAUAAUGAAGGAAACAAUAUGGUUAGAGAAAACCUGUCUCGUUCACUAACCAGCGAUACCAAAGAUGCUAAAGGGCGUCAACAAUCUCAGGUACGGGCGACGGCGAAAGUAGGUGUAUCGAAGCUCAGCAGUAUGCGGAAUAGUCACUGCUGAUCUGUACUUAGUAAAAAAUACGAUUAACUUCACAAAAAACUUCUCAGUCAGUUUUAUCCAAAGUUUUAAAUGAAUCUUUUUUAAACUUCAUAAUAUAAUAUAUAUAAGCCGGACAUCAUACAGAGUAUGUUGAUUUUUAGACUUGAUUUUUUAGCAUACUUCUACCGUAACGGUACCGGUAAGAUAAUUUUAAUUAAAAAGUUAGGUUAAAACGGUCCCCCGUAGACACACUUUGCAUUGACAAAACGAGAGCUAAUUUGUUGUCAAUAUAAUGUUGUGAUAUGACCUUAAAACUUUCAACACAGAGACGGGUCGCCGUCGGUGGUCAGCCUUCCCGUAGCCCUGCUAGUCGUCCAAAAAUCAAGUCAAGAAGAUUAUCAGCAUAGUAAGCCCUGAAAGCAAUCCAAUGAUACUACUUCAGAAAUACCGGCCAGAGUCAGUCCUUCUUGAGUGAUGAACCUACAACUACAAGUAACGUUUAUCACAAUUAUUUUUAUAUAUGGCUUAUAUAUUAUUGUUGUAGAUUGUUUAACUAAGGGUUCGUAUAAUAGACGAGAGGUACGUGGUUGGCGGCAGAGAGUGGUGAUGUCAUGAUUUAUUCAAUUAAUUUAAUCAAGUAAUAGAAGUAGAUUUUAAGCAUAUAACGUAGAUCAGUUUAUUCAUGUUAUCUCAGCGUCCUGUUCGUCGAUAUUUAAUAUUUGUGUCUAUCCAUUCCCUUCCACGGACUCCACUCUUAUAUUGACCAUUUACACAAACGACAAUCGUCGUUUUCAAUAAAGCGGCUUGAUUUUUGAUCUGAUGAUAUUACAUCGGGUAUGAGGUGCCCAAGAUGCGCUGGCUCCCAGCUAUUACAUCUUGUUACUGCGAUUUAUGUCUUAUAGGUGCAGCAAAGUUCUACUACCCAGUAUUUCAAGAAACAUCUAAAUGUCAACAUCUGUUUUGGAUACAUAAAGAAAUAGUCAUUUUCUCGGCGUGCUCUUUAUUUUGGCAGUAAAUGCUACCUGUUCAAAUUUAUUUCACUGGCAAGUUCGACUGAGUAAUAAAACAUAUAGCAUUUUAUAUUUUUAUUGUUAUAAUAACAUCAGAACUACUUUCAUGUACUAUGUUCAGUGAGCUCUCUUAGUUUUCCUGUAUAUAUACCUCGCCCCGCGAACGUCGUUAAUGUUGUAUGAUAGAUUUAAUUAUUAUAUGAUAUAACUAGUACUUAUUGUUCUAGAAAUUCGGUCUAUAUUGAAUAUUUCAAGUUUAAUUUGCGAUUUAGCACUUAUUUUUUACUAAAAUAACUCAAUCCUAAUGUAAUUACGUCCUCGGCGAAUGUUAUUUUGUUCUUUAUAAUUAUGACAUUUAUUUUUAUGAUGAUUGACUAGGAAUAACACAUGAAAUUAAAAAUGUAAGUGAUAAGUAGGUAUUCUUCACUCCACUCCUGGCGGUCUAAAUGUAAGAAAAGUGCUUUAAAGUUGUGCUAGAUUCAUAAAAAUACAUAAUGCACAAAUAUAUUUUAUUAUCUAAUAUCAAAUUUGGGCCUAUUCUUAUCUUGAUUGAGCGCUGCCACUGUCUGUGCUGCUGCUGGUCAGAUAAGUUUGAUUGGCGAUUUAAAAAUAACGUUUUUUUACGAAUAAUAUAUUCAGCAUCAAGUCCCAAUAUUUUUGUACAUGCUGGCUGCUAGUAAUGUUUAGAAAAGUAGGUGAUGCACGCUGUGGUGUGUAGGUUAGUUAGGUGGGACCGACCGACUGUCUUAAAACGAUCCGGAUUUUGCUACUAUUCAGUGAUUUGUACUACUUUUCUAAAUCUUUAUAUAUUACGUACUUAAAUGAAGUUAUUUAGAAAAAUUAAUAAACCCCAGUUUAAAUAUGCUGAAAAUUUAGUUAUUUAAGAUUUAUUAUUUUUAAUUAAGCUUCAAAUAAGAAUUAGUUACUGAUUUAAAAUAAAAUUUUAUGAAAUGGCUAAAAAUUUUAAAAUAGCUGCAUUCGAUUUAUAACGGGCUUAAAAAUGCAAAUAUUCUUUAAAUGUUUCACCUACCGAGUUUCAGAGACAUAGUCUUCUGAAUUUUGAUAUACAAAUGGUUAGAUAGCAUAAUGGAAUCAUAAUUUCAACUAUAUGGAAUAAUAACAAAUUAUGAAAGUUAAAUGCAAAUGUCUGUCGAUACACUUUCACGGCUAUAUCUUGACCGAUUUUUAUGAAAUUUGGUAUGAAUUAAUAAAUUAACUUCAGCUCAAAAAUGCUGAGGAUAGGAUGAAAUUUUGUAUAAAAAUCUAUACACAGUACAGUGAAUUUCUUUUGCCAUAAAUAUAGGCUUGCUUUUGUCAGAUAAAGUAUUCUAGGUAUGGCUACUAAAAUCUAGAAUAAACUACCUAAUGACUUAAGUUUAAAUUUUUAAAUGUUUAGAAAGGGACAUUUGCUUUAUUAAUUGAGAAAUGUUACUGUUCUGUCAAUGAUUUCUUUAUAUACCAUAGGUUAUAGUUUCACAUUAUUAUCUAUUAUAUCAGCAUGACAUUUCACAUAAUUUUAUUUUACUUAAUUCUCUGCCAUAAAUUGUGGAUAAUUGAAUAUAUGCAUAUUUAUAAUUGAAUAUUUGUUUGAUAUACAUAGCAAGACAUGGCACACUGUAACAUAAUUUUACAACCGUAUUAUUGUACCUAUGUUUGACAAAUAAAUUGAUGGAUUUAUUUGUAUUAAGUAUUUAUUAAUUAUACUUGUUGCCACUACCGAGGCUCUAUUAAUGUUCUAUCGAGGCAAAUGGCAGAGCUUUAUAACCACGUUUUUACAUAUAUUUUAUUUUUAUGCAUGUUUAUUGUAAUUAUUACACUUUGUGCAAUCAACUUGUAUAAUUAAAGAGAUUAUUUCUUUUUUACAUACAAGUCAUAUUAAUAAGUUUUGAAAUAGUAUCUAUAAGUAACAUUAAAUUAUUAUUUUUGUCAUUUUAGUAUUAGUUUUCUAAAUGAUCUCAAUGAUGCACAGUAUUUAUUAGUUUCAGGUUUGCAUCAGCCAUGUUUGUAAUUUAAGUUAAUGUAAAUUGGAUUCAGAAUAAGUUUAUUUUUUUAUUCUAAUUGAUAUUACUUUUUAAAUAUAUUUGUAAGACUUAGUCUUUUAGAAAUCUUUCUAGUUUAUUUAUUUAUGGCUGCAAUCAAUAAUUGUACUAUUAAAAACAUGUCUAAAUAUUAUGUGUUACAAUGUCUAUAAACAAUAUAUUAUCCAUAUAAUAAAAUUUCGUCGUACA